AUGGAGUGGUGGCGCCACGCCGUCAGAUGGCUCCCUCGUCCGACGAGUCGUCCGGAUUACAACCAUAAUUAUCGGAAUUCCAGUCACGACGAUGAUAUUCAUGCCACGGUUAAAUCCGGCCGCGCCUCGAUAUCUCCCCACAUUAUCCACCACUUGUCACCUCGCGAAAUCAUCGCGCAAAAGGCGAAUCCGCUGUUCCCUGAUCAGGGGUUUGCGCCGUCGCUGCGCCAGUGGCACGUCAGCACGGCAGCGGGCUGCGGCGUCACUCUCGUGCUCCUCAUCUCAUACCUCCUCCUUCAGGGCGGCCCCGUGUUCUCCCUUGGGCUCGCCUUCCGCGUCGGGCCGCCGCGCGACUGCGACCUUCUCCGAGAGCUCUUCCCAGUCGCCGUCCCCUGCCACGCCGCGCCCAGCCCCCCGCAGCCCUGCGCGCAUCGGGAUCCGCUCUGCUGCGCCCCCCCCGACCCCUCCCCCCCCGAGCCCGCGAACCUGACCCUGUGGCGCGAGCAGCUGCGCGGAGUGGUGCUGGCGAUUCUGUACAAUCGCGCGCCGCUCGUGAACUCGUCCGUGGCGCUGCUACGGAGCGUGUACGGGCGCGUGUUCCGCGACGUAGUGGUCUACUCGGACGAGGCAAUCCCUGAGCUCGGCGUUCUGCCGCUGCGUGGGGAGCACACGCCAUGGUAUUUCGCGCACGCCACGCUGGCGGACGUGUUUGAGCGCUACCCCUCCGCUGCCGGCGUGCUCUGGUCCAACGACGACGUUAUUCUCAACUACUGGACCCUUGCUGGUGCCAAUACGUCCCAACCCCUCUCUCUUUCUCCCCACCUUCCGCCCGCUCCCUCUCCCCCACCCCGUCUCUUCCGCUUUCCCUCCCAGUCGCGUAUCUGGUUCCCCAACAACCCCACUCUCGCCUACCGCUGGGUCUCCCUCUCCCCCUCGGGCCCGUUCACCCCGAACGUGUCCGAUUGGACCAACAACCCGCCAAUAAGGGAAAAAGUGCGGGCGGCAGUGGAUAGCCUGUCGCCGCCCCUGCGCGCGCGGUUUGAGGCGGCGACUGCGGAGCACAAGGGGAUGUACACCAAGCGGAUCGCAGACGUGGUGUAUGUGCCCAUGCGCCAUGCUCCCCUCAUCUCCACCCAGCUGCUGCCUGCGUUCAGUCGGGUGUACUCAGAGGCGGAGCAAGGUGUGACCUCCCAUUCCCAUCGCCCCCUCUCUCACCCCUCCCACCCGUUUCCAUCCUCCUCGCCAGGUGGCUGUGGGAAACAUGCUGCUCUGCGUGGAGCCCUUUUCCGAGUGGCUGUGGGAAACAUGCUGCUCUGCGUGGAGCCCUUUUCCGAGUGGGACCCAGUGCUAGACGCCACAGUCUACCUCUGGGAUGCUCAGCGCGACGAUGCCAACGCGUCCUACUCCACGCGCAUCCCCGCGCUGCACCCGUGGAAGCUCAGCACGCGCGACUCGCAGCAGCUGCUGCUGCGUCGCAUGCGGGACGCGGAUCCGUCGCUCGACGAGGUGUACCGAGAAUUCUUUUGUAAUAACACUGGUGCAUAG